AUGACGAAGACCAUUAUUGAACCACUGUCGAUUCUUCGCGUAGUGCUGCAUGUAGCUACGGCGUUGCUACUGAGCCUUCGAAGUUCCCAACUGGACUCUGCAUUGCAUCCAUUUCAGCGGGCGAUUGCCAACAACUGGGUGCGGCUGCUCUUCUACGUGGACGCGAGCAAGACGAUCGGGAAAGACGAGGAAAUUGUGACGCUGCCGCAUUUUCUGCUUGAAGCAGAGGAAGAAAUCGCAGCCAAUGUGGACGAUCAGUUUUUUAGCGGUGGUUUCGCGGCACGGACGUCAGCGCUGCCAGUGGGCGCGUUGUUCACGAUCGAGGAGACGCGUCAGCAUUUGCACGGGGCGGUACUCAACUAUUUUCGACUGGCGGACGUGGCACUGGACUCGUAUCUCGUCUAUUGCAACGAGAGCUCUGAGAAUUUGCUGUUGAUUCCGCCUCCAAUGCUUACAGUGCGGGCGGACAUAAGGGACGAGACAUUGGAUCAAGUAUACAACAUCACAAACGCUUCAGCCAGCGAGCAGUGGCCGGCCCCGCUGCGGAUGGGCACAAACUCUGCACGCCAUCAGGAGACACGCGCAUUUUUCGAUGCAUUAGACGCCAUGGAGCUCAAGGUGGUGGUGGGCAUGAAAAGAAAAGAGAAAAAGGUGACAAAGGACGCAGGAGUGGACAAGCUUUACGAGUGGACAGUCGUGAUGCGCUACGACCUGCUGAACCAAGGCCACCUGGAGGUCACUUUAAAUUAUAAUCUUGUACAGGUGCCGCUACUGGAGGGUAAAAGGAGGAAGGAAGGAGAGAAGGACAUGCCGCCGGUGCUGCUGGAUACCAGCGUCACGCUCAAUUGGGUUACGCUGGUGGUGAUUGGACUCUACCAGGCAGUCGAGUGCUCAGUAAAGUGGACAGCCGUCAAGGCUGAAGUAGCUAAGCACUCCGAAUCAUCUCGCCAUUUUUGCAGAAACCCGAUCACGCUCGCCCUGAGCAAAGGGGCAAAAGACUUCUGGUUCUGGUUUGUCUUGGCUGUCAAUUUCGCGACUGCAGUGUGUUUCUUGGCUACAUGGCGCCACGCCUAUCAACUCUCUUUGCGCGAUACGCUGUGCUUCACGUUUGCCUGCUGUUGUGCAUUGCAGUGGAGCAGCUUUGUGCGAUAUCUACAGGUGAACACUAGAUUCCAAACCCUUGGACUCACACUGCGGCGUGGCUUGCCGCGAGUGAUGCAGUUUCUUAUCGGCGUUCUGCCCAUAUUUAUUGGCUUUGUGCUGUUUGGAACGGUCAUGUUCGGUGCUAAGGUGCCUCGCUUCCAGAGUGCAAGUGUCACAGCUACCACGUUGUUUUCCGUAGCCAAUGGAGACGAAGUUCAUGACACUUUUAUCGACGUCGCAUACACUCCUUGGAUCGGGCAAAUCUAUGUGUAUAGCUACAUGAUCCUGUUUAGUUACGUUGUUUUGAUGGUGUGCAUCGGCAUCAUCGAGGACGCUUUCUUCUCUGCUGUGUUUGCGAAAGACUCGGAAGGACGUCAUAUGUCAGGACCUAAAAGGACACCAUUAGAAGCUCACAAGUAUACAUGA